UAUAAGGCCAUCGGGAGUGCGCGGGUGGACACCUCCGCGUCCCGGAGGCUCAACAUCACACUCAACCGGUCCGGGCAGGGCAAGCAGCACCGCAUACGAGCGCGCACCAUCCAGAAUCUUAAGCUGUCGCCGCAAAGUGUCAAAAUCGAAGACAUAGUGAGAUGUGAACAUCUAAGUGAUAUACAAGAAAGUGUAGUGCUACAUAGUGCGCGGCCGCAAAUAUUGAUCGGCCAGGACAACUGGCACCUGCUCGUCGCACAGGAGCAGAGAAUCGGUAAGCGACACCAACCUAUCGCUUCGCUUACACCGCUCGGCUGGGUGCUACACGGCGCGUGCAGUCGCACCGUCGGGCACAGAGUGCAUUUUACACAAGAGAUUGAGAGCGAGGAACGCCUCAACAUGGACCUCAAGCACUUCUUCUCGUUGGAGGCCUUGACGAUUGCCCCUAAGCUGCCUCUCAACGACCCCGAAGCCCGAGCACUGAAAAUACUGAAAGAAAAAACCACACGGUUAAUGGACGGACGCUUCCAAACCGGGUUAUUAUGGAAAAACGAAGAUAUCAAGAUGCCUGAGAACAGAGACUACGCCCUCAGGAGGCUGGAAGCCACCGAAAAGAAGAUAGAAAAGGACCCAGAGGUCAAGGGCAAGGUCAUCGAGCAGAUGGAGGCCCUGGUGGAGAAAGGUUACGCAGAACUCGCGCCCGUCAAUAGCGACAAUGACAAGAAAUGGUACCUGCCCUGCUUCCCGGUCUUCAAUCCUCAGAAGCCGGGAAAGAUCAGGAUGGUGCACGACGCGGCGGCGAAAACGAAGGGUAUGGCGCUCAACGACGCACUUCUCACCGGGCCCGACCUCCUGCAAUCCCUACCCGGUGUGCUGAUGAAGAUGCGUCAGCACCGAGUAGCGGUGUCUGCAGACAUUGCAGAAAUGUUUCUUCAGGUCAAGAUCAUCCCAGAGGACCGGGACGCUCUACGGUACCUCUGGCGGGGGUGCGACAGGACAGCUCCACCCCAAGAAUAUAGAAUGACCUCGUUAAUCUUCGGGGCCACAUCCUCACCGGCUACUGCAAUUUACGUGAAAAACAGAAACGCAGAAGAGUUCGCUGCGCAAUAUCCCAAGGCCGCGGCAGCUGUAAGAGACAACCACUAUAUGGACGACUACAUCCAGAGCUUCGAGAACGAAGAGUCGGCCAUCGAGAUCGCCGCCCAAGUACGCGACAUCCAUCGCCGAGCGCACUUCCAUCUGCGCAAGUGGAUCUCCAACUCGCCGCGGGUGCUGCAGGAGCUGGAAGAGGAGCAGGCGCUCGAGGAGCGCUCCCUGGGCCUCAAGAACGAAAAGGUCUUGGGAAUGAUAUGGAAGACGUCAUCCGACGCAUUGAAGUACAACUUGGACCUGAGCCGACUGCCCGACGACAUCCUACACCGGAAGCCCACCAAGAGACAGGCCCUCCAGGUGGUCAUGUCCCUAUUCGACCCCCUGGGCCUCGUGUCGCCGGUGACAGUCCAGGCGAAGCAAAUACUUCAAGAGAUUUGGAGGCGGAGCACCGCGUGGGACGAACAUCUACAGGAUGACCUGGCGGAGAGGUGGGCCAAGUGGGUCCAGCAAUUGGAAGCCCUCCGUGCCAUCGAGAUACCCCGGUGCUACCCUCACUUCACUCAAGGCGACAAUCUUCAACUACAUGUAUUCGUCGACGCCAGCGAGACCGCCUACGCCGCCGCCCUCUACUGGCGGGUGGAAGACAACGACGGACGGGCGCACACAACACUGGUCCUGGCUAAGAGCCGGGUCGCGCCGCUGAAGACCACCUCGAUUCCCCGCCUGGAGCUGCAGGCCGCAGUUAUGGGUACGCGUAAGUCCAUAAAAUCAAUCUUCAAAUUGACUACAAGAGCUAUCAUCACAAGACGAAAAAACGGUGCCAAAUAUGUAAAAUUGUGUCUGUUAUGUUUUAGGUUCUAACAUAGAAUAGUGUUCAAUUUCUGGCAAAUGGUGGCUACCAGCGGCAGAUUGAUCAGGAUCACAGUCUUUGCCUAUCCCAGACCACCGUGAGCCGAUUUUUAAGCCAAUUUUUGAAUGCUUCAUACUAUGUAGAUACAUUCAUGUACUUCUUCCAACUAGUCUUUAAUUAUGAGCUUAGCUUUAUUAGAAACUUAAUAAGAAACACAGCCUGAGUGUCUAACUUUUCUUUCUAUUAAAACCUUAACUUACUAAAUACUUAAUAUUACAGGCUCUUUUCUGAAUGGGUUCACUUCCCAGGUUCAGAGCCUGCCCGGAGAAGUGUAGCAGCCGGCUUUGAGAAGUACCGUGUGCCCGGAAUUUUAGGACUCAUCGACUGCACUCAUGUAAAGAUCUUCCCUCCACCUGGGCCAGAAAGCGCACAGUAUAAAAAUCUACGAAAAGGAGCACAUACACUCAGUGUCAAUGUGUAAAACAUUAAAAGAUGUAAUUUGCCAAGAAAAUGGGUUCA